CGCGCGGUGCCUGCUGGGAUACAUCCGGGAUUCCCGCCCCUCGUUCCCGUUCGCCGCUACUGUCUCUGCUCCAGGCCUCUUUUUCCCACCCGUGUUUCUGUCCCAGGCCGCGGCCCCCACUCACCUCCCGCCAGCAUGGCGAUGCAAGCAGCCAAACGAGCCAACAUUCGGCUCCCUCCGGAGGUCAACCGGAUCCUGUACAUCAGGAACCUGCCCUACAAAAUCACGGCCGAGGAGAUGUACGACAUCUUUGGGAAGUACGGGCCCAUCCGGCAGAUCAGAGUUGGAAAUACCCCUGAGACCAGAGGAACAGCCUACGUGGUGUAUGAGGACAUCUUCGAUGCCAAGAACGCCUGUGACCACCUGUCAGGGUUCAACGUGUGCAACAGAUACCUCGUGGUUCUGUACUACAAUGCAAACAGGGCAUUCCAAAAGAUGGACACAAAGAAGAAAGAAGAACAGCUUAAACUUCUCAAGGAAAAAUAUGGAAUUAACACAGACCCACCAAAAUAAACUGAUCUUUUUUGGAAAACUUUUUUCAAGCCCUACCAUCGAGUUCUUGGCCUCAACAUAGGAAUUCUUAACAAAGUGUAGUUUUUUUUCUCUCAUAAAUUUGAUGAAAUGCUAUAUGGAUUUUUAUAUCUUCAGAUUAGGAUUAAAUAAAUGUAGAGCACACAGAGAUCUGCUUUAAGAUUAAAUCCCCCCAGGCUACAUUGCUUCUCUGUGCUGAGGGUGACCUGGCCAAGGCUGCCUUGACCUGUUCCUAGCAGGAGCUUUCAAGAAGGGACCAAACAGGUUCUGUUUGACUGAACAAAGCAAACGCAAGCCCAUGUUUGUAACAAGUUUCUUUCACAAACGGGAGAAGAUGAACGGCUUUUAAAAGGAUGCAGCUGAUAAGGGGACUUCACUCCAAGUACCUUGUUCCCAGCGGUGGUGUGUGCUCUGAUCAGCUGCAGUGAAACAAUCCAGCUCUCUGCUCUGUGUCCCAGUUUGGACUGAGGAUUUGGUAUGAAUUGAAGAACACAUGACCAAGAUGAGACAGUAGAUGAAGGUUUUCAUUUUGAUACCUGUAGUGUGAUUGUUUUCUGCUUGGCAUGGUUGAACUGUAACACAUUUUCUGUACAUACAUUUUUAGGGGUAGCAUCUGGUGAAGGAAAAGCAAAUUUACAUUUUUUGGCUCUUUUUUUAGUACUUCUGUCCUGUAUAUAAGUUGUAUGUGAUCCAGAGUGUGCAUAACCAGUAUCUUUUGGAAGUGGGAAAGAAUAACCUCUGCCUGUGCUGAGAACUGGCUGGGAGUUGUGUGAAUGUGGGUGGUAUUGUGCCAUGGAAGGAUUCAUCUGCAUGGAUGUGAUGUUCCACUCCCUGAGCAGACAAUUCCCAUCCAGUGCAGAAAUCAGUAUACUUUGCCUGGGAUUUGUAAUUCAGUUGAAUUUGUAAUGACAGUAGAAUGCACUGUCAUAGAGGAAUGCUUCUAUUUUCUGAAAUUACUUUUUUGUUGGAAUCUCUCACUUCAGGAACAACACUGUGUCCAUUUGGUGAAAAAAUAAAUGUCUGCAUCUUUUGCUUUUUUUCA